AUGGCGAGCCUCACCUUGCCGCCGGCGCCCCCGAACCCCCGCCAGGACGCCAUCGACCUCCACAAGGCCUUCAAAGGGUUUGGCUGUGAUAGUACAACAGUUUCAAAUAUACUUGCUCACCGUGACUCAAUGCAACGUGGAUACAUUCAACAGGAAUACAAAACUAUGUAUUCUGAGGAACUUUCACGUCGUAUAUCGUCUGAACUCAGUGGAAACCACAAGGUAUGGAAAAUUGUAGAAAAAUCUUUGUUGCAUGAUAAAUCAAACUAUUGCACAGCUAUACUAGCUGAAGCAAAAGCAAUGUCGCUCUGGAUUCUUGAUCCUGCUGGACGUGAUGCGACUGUUCUGAAAGAAGCUCUAAGUGCUGAAAGUCUUGAUCUGAAAGCAGCUACUGAUAUAAUAUGUUCCAGGACACCAUCACAGCUGCAAAUAAUGAAACAGACAUAUUAUGCAAAGUUUGGUACUUAUCUUGAGCAUGACAUUAGUCAGCAAGCAUCCGGCGAUCAUCAGAAGAUCUUACUAGCCUAUGUUGGCAUUCCACGCUACGAAGGCCCGGAGGUUGAUCCCACUAUAGUGGCACAUGAUGCGAAGGACCUCUACAAAGCUGGUGAGAAAAAGCUGGGCACAGAUGAGAAAACCUUCAUCCGCAUCUUCACUGAACGCAGCUGGGCACACAUGUCAGCUGUUGCUUCUGCUUACCAUCACAUGUAUGAUCGGUCGUUACAGAAGGUUGUGAAGAAUGAAACAUCUGGAAACUUUGAAGUUGCUCUGUUAACUAUCCUCAGAUGUGCUGAGAAUCCAGCGAAGUAUUUUGCUAAGGUGUUGAGGAAGUCCAUGAAAGGUCUAGGUACUGAUGACAAGACACUUGUAAGGGUUGUGGUAACAAGGACUGAGAUUGAUAUGCAGUAUAUCAAGGCAGAAUAUUACAAGAAAUACAAAAAGCCUUUAGCUGAUGCUAUCCAUUCCGAAACAUCAGGCGGUUAUCGGACAUUCCUGCUUUCUCUUGUUGGUAGCCAUUAG